AUGGGGGUGUUGAGUGAUCCUAAACAAAGACAGAAGAUAAUUAAAGCUGUAACUAAAUAUAAUAAAUUACUCUGUGUUAUUUUGUACCUGGGAGGUGUGUUUGGAUUUCUGGCCCUUGCAUUUGAACCAUUUCAUGCUGGAACCUAUUUUUCUGAAAACGCUUUAUUACCAGGAUUAGUAGAAAAUGAAUUUCGUCUUGAUUCUGAAGCAAGAUCAUACAAUGAAGAAUUACACAAAGAAAUUAAGAAAUCUGAUAAAACUCUGCCUAAAGACUGGAUGUUUAAGCAAUUUCAAAAUUUAGGAUUAGAUACCUAUUAUCAUAAUUUUAGUCUCCAUUAUCCUUUUGGAAUGCCUAGAGACAAGGCAAUACCAGGCCAGAAUAUUUACUCUAUAUUACGGGCUAAAAGAGCUUCUAGUACAGAAGCUGUAGUUAUGUCAGUACCAUUAAGACAUCCAGGAGUUAUGCCCAAUGAACAGACCUCAGGUGGAAUAGCUGUUAUGUUAGCUUUAGCCAAGCAUUUUAGAAAACAGACGUAUUGGGCUAAAGAUAUAGUAUUUGUAUUGACUGAGUUUGAUGAGAUUGGAAUGCAGGCUUGGUUAGAUGGCUAUCAUCAAACAAAAUCAGAUUAUAUAAUAUCAGAAGAUUUGCCAGGAAGAAGUGGGCCCAUUCAAGCAGCCAUUAAUCUAGAAAUACCCGGUGAGGCAGUCACGUCCUAUAAUAUUAAACUAGAAGGUUUAAAUGGACAGUUACCUAACUUAGAUUUAUGUAAUCUAGUUGUGCGAUUAUGUCGUAAAGAGAGAGCUAAAGUAACCCUCAAUAAACAGGUUGAUUCAUAUGAAAGAGAAUCAUGGGAUAGCUAUAAACAAUCAGUAACAACCAUGAUGUAUAUGAUGUGGAACCAAGCGUCAGGUACACCCACUGGAAAUCAUGGUCUGUUUCACCGGUACCAUAUCGAAGCUUUAACAAUACAAGGUACUCAGGAAGAAAAACCAUAUAAAACUCUCGGUGUUGAACAGACCUCUAGGUUGGUAGAAGGAAUAUUCCGAAGUUUGAAUAACCUUCUAGAGAGAUUUCACCAGUCUUUUUUCUUUUACAUUUUACCCUCAACCAGAGGUUAUAUAUCUAUAGGGUUAUAUAUGCCUCCUUUUGGAGCUAUGAUUGCUGCUUGUCUCAUUAAAAUAUCCUUAUUUCAAGCUAUAGCUUUAUGGAUUAGUCGAUAUGAAGAAGAAGAAGAAGACAAAGAAACAGAAGAUAAGCAAUCAGACGAUGAAUCACAGAAAGUGACUGAUGCUGUUUCAGGAAUUGUAUCAAUAAUACCAGUAAUAGCUAUCAGUAUGUUGAUGGCAUCAUUAGCUUAUACAGGACCUAAAUUACUCACUAAUGUAUCUCAUCCAUUCCGUCUAAGACCAGAAGAUUCUCUCAUGUUUGGCUUGUUGGCUUUAUUCUGUGCUUCAGUUGCAUUUCCUAAAAUGUUCAAUAAAAAGAAACCAGAUCAUGCUGUUCUUCAUUUAGACUGGAAGUUAUUAAAGUGUAUAGCUUUGAUUGUCCAGUCUCUGACAUUAUUUUCCAUAGCUUUAAUGAAUAUUUCCUUGGCAUUUUUUAUUGGUGUUGCUAUGGUUCCUGUAACUACGUUAAUUGUACCAACUACUUCUAGGUCAUUAUUGUUACUAUUAUUAGUAUCACCAGCUAGUUUAGUGUUUAUAUCAUCUAUUAUCGCAGCCUGGUUAGAUCAACAUAAUGAUAUAUCCCAGUUAUUAUAUAUGACGUGGGGCAAUAUGAAACAUUGUAUAUUUAUGAAACUGUUAGAUCUUUAUUUAUUUGGUAAUUGGACCUAUACUGUGAUGAGUUUUGUUAUUUUUCCAUGUUGGUUAUUAUUCUGGGCUAUACCUAAUUGUAAUACAGAUAUAGAUGUAUGAUAUCAUUAUCUUUCCAUAAAAUUUAGAAAUCACACUGGUAGUGCGCGAUUGGUGAAUUCUGAACUCGUUCCGUCUGGUCUAAUUUUAAUCUUCUAUUGAACAGUUCAGAGCCAGAAAAGUCACAGAUUUUCUUUACAUUCUCUUUUUGAAUCGUGUACACCCAUUUUUCUGUGAUGCAUGUGGAACACCUCCUUAACCCUGUUUCUUCUUAAAUUGGACUUGUUGUAAAUUUUAUGAAGAAGAACUCGCCAAUUGAGUGCCCGUUAUUUUAUCAUUAGACAGUUCUUAAACACGUGAUCAUUUUUUUCCAUCACAUUUACACUUUUUUUUAUGUAUAUUCAAGAAUAUUUUUCAUUCAAUAUAAGUAAUCUAAAUGAUAAGUCAUUUGUUGUACUGUAUAUUUUCAUAUCACUUCUUUCAUAAUAAAAAUAUGUCCAUCUAUAGAUU